CGUCGUAAACCUGAAGCUAGCAGCUACGUUCAAGCGGACGACAUCACUCACACAGUUUGCUGCCUCUUCAGAGGAAACAGGGAGUGGAUAAUCACACGACAGGGGUUUUUGUUUGCUACUGUGGCGGCUUCAAAACGGAAUCUCUCGAAGUGGUACCUCACUGUAACCUUUAUGUGAGGCCCGAGCCCUGAAAGAGCGGGUCACAGACGGGAGGAGAGACUCGGGAGAAGAGCACCUGGCCGCAGAAGCCUGGAUACGUGUUUUUAUUUUUUAUUCACUCCCUGAAAGACAACCACAGCCAAGCAGUUUAUCAGCAAGCAACAAUAACAACAACAACAAACAUGGAAGCCAUUGCCAAAUACGAUUUCAAAGCCACCGCUGACGAUGAGCUUAGUUUCAAGCGUGGAGAGGUCCUUAAGGUAUUAAAUGAAGAGUGUGAUCAGAACUGGUACAAGGCAGAGCUAAACGGGAAAGACGGCUUCAUCCCCAAGAAUUACAUAGAGAUGAAAGCUCAUCCGUGGUUCUUCGGGAAGAUUCCUCGGGCCAAAGCGGAGGAGAUGCUCAACAAACAGAGGCACGACGGAGCCUUCCUCAUCAGAGAGAGCGAGAGUGCACCAGGAGACUUCUCCCUCUCUGUGAAGUUUGGAAACGACGUCCAGCACUUCAAGGUUCUCCGCGACGGCGCCGGAAAGUAUUUCCUGUGGGUGGUGAAGUUUAACUCCCUCAACGAGCUGGUGGACUACCACCGCUCCACCUCGGUCUCUCGCAAUCAGCAAAUCUUCCUGCGAGACAUCGAGCAGGUCCCCCAGCAUCCAACAUACGUGCAGGCGCUCUUUGACUUCGACCCGCAGGAGGAAGGGGAGCUGGGUUUCCGACGCGGCGACUUCAUCCAAGUUUUGGACAACUCUGACCCCAACUGGUGGAAAGGAGGCUGCCACGGGCAAACGGGCAUGUUCCCCCGCAACUACGUCACGCCCGUCAACCGGAACAUGUAAACAGACCAUUCAAACAACAACAACAACAACAACAACAACAACAACAGCAACCACCACCACCACCACCACCACCACCACCAUCAUCAUCCUUCUCGAUCUCAUCAGCCCCCAUCCAACCCUCCAAAAAAAACAAAAAAAACACCACCCCUCCACCCUCCUCGCCAUCCCGCGAUAACAGGAGCAGACAGGAAGAAGGCGAACAGCCGAAAGAGGUAAAGCAGGAGUAGUGCUGUCGUAGGCGUCGCUGUGUGGGUGGCAGCUGAAGCAAAAAAAAAAUCAACUCUUACCUGCGCUGAGAGCGUUCACCUCGCCAGUGAAACGCCUCGGCGAGGAUUGAACCGUCUUUGAGGGAAAUCUAAAAAUGCAGAGAAACUAAAGAGUAGUGCAACCAAGCGUGAAGAUAACCAAAUGAUUCUACCGCUCCCCACAGCUGCUUCUCUCCUCUCCCUAACUUCUUAACAUUCUGCCUUUUCUUUUGUCUUUUUUUGUUUUUCUUUCUUUGCCGCAUGUUGUUUUUUAAUCACCUAAAUGAUGAAAUGCCUACCGAUAAAUCCUAACUCUGUUUUAAAGAAAAAAAAUGUUAAAAUAUGAAAAAAAAAGAAGAAGAAGAAAUGGUUUUAAAAAAAAAUGUACAAAAAGACGAGAGAGAGGAAAACAUGAUGCAAUCUACCGUACAGCGAGUUUCCAUGAGAUCUUUGAACACGUGAGCAGUGUACAUCGGCCGCCGGCUGUAUAAAUAAAUCAACUAUAGAGAGAAUCCAUUUUUAAGAAUAUAUAUUAUAUAUUUGUAUGUGUUUGUCUGUUUUACCUCUCAUCACAAAUUGUAUUUUUUUCCAUUUGUAAAUUAUGUUCAAUCUUUCAGUCAGUCUGGAUGCGACCUCGUAGCUCUACGACGUCGCUCUUUUUGUUUUUCCUUUCUGAAUCGAUCUGAGGGCUCUCGGAUAAAAAAAUAAAAUAAAAUAAAAACAGCGUGAAAUUUAAGGGGGUCAUCAAAAAAGUUCCAUUGGAAGAGGUUUCUCUUGUGGUUAAUGCGAGGAAAAGUAGUUUAGUUCUCCGAGAGGAAGCUAAACGUGAACCCGGAGCUCAAGUUGACCAGCGAGUCGAGAGCGAGAGCCGCCUUCCUUCCAAGCCAAUGUAUUUAUUGCAGCCAUUUUCUUCUGGGGCGGUGAAUGUAGCCGACUGAGUCCACAGACGUGACCAUGAGGGAAGCGAGGUCGGAGAACUGAACUACGCAACCAUGCAAGGGAUUUUUAAACCAACAAGACAUGCUGAGACAAACGUCAUGUUUCUAAAGAGAGAGAGAGACGUGUGAGGAUAUGUACGGGUAGUCGACGGCGUGCAUAUUCACAGAAACCUUUCAUUACAUGCAUGCAUACGCAGACGCUCUCCUCCUUGUUAUACCUGCACGUAGCAACGAGGCCGAGUCUGGAUAAUCACUUUGUGUAAUCACCGGUGCAGAUCUGCAGCUGGCACAGAUGAACAGUUCAGAAAAACUGAGAGAUUGUCUUUUAUGCUAAAAGUCGAGAGAUCAGCGUUAAUUAUGUAAAGUUUUUUUUUCUUUCUCGUCCUUCUGUUUUGUGUCCAAUGUGGCGUGAGGUCAAGCACUUUUUUUUGUCAAACAUUUUGAUUUUCUGGUCCCGUGCGUGCGUGUUUACCGUGUCUGUGUUUAUUUUAUUUUCCUUCCAGUUUGUGUUUUCUUGUUCUCUCUGGAUAGUGCCUUUCUCUCUGGUGUUUCAGUGUCUCCGACCUGCUACUUUGAGCCCCCCCCCCCUCCCUUUAAUGGGGCCCUGCCAGUCCUGCAGUGAGAAACAGUGUACAUAAUCCAACCUGCCCCCCCCCCUCCCCUCAGCGCCCCCCUCCUCCAUCACCCCGCCUUCACCUUUAUCCUCACCAACAUGGAACUCUUCUUAUUUAAGUGUCUCUUGCCUCGUCUUACCUAAUGAUACUGUUUUGUUUUUUUGCUCUUUUUUUAUUUGCAUUUGUUUUUUUGUUUUUUCAAUUAAUAAAAUGCAAUUAUUAAAAAAAUGAA